AUGAUCAUCACUGGAAACUGGGUAAUCAUUGAUUCUUUUUCACUGACUAAAUCAGUGGGAAAAUUCAGAGUUACGAACCAUGUUUAUCGUAUGACUCUCAUCAACACCACCUCCAUCGUGCCAUGCCCGUCGUUGACUAAUGACAUGUUCCUGAAACUGGUCAAUUUUGGAGACGUUAUUGACGAAGCUGGAUUGAAUGAGAACAUUUUAGUUGACAUAGUUGGUCAAGUUGUCAAUGUUGGCGAACUGAAGGUCUACCAAGUCGACAACAAGGAUAAACAGAAAGUUGACCUUGAACUCAGGGACAUAAGUGAUGCGCGUCUAUCAUGUACACUUUGGGGAGUUCUUGCUGACAGAAUCCUAGCAGCUUGCGCAAAUAAUAGACCGAAUAUGGAAAUUAAUUCAGCCUUGCCUGAAAUUGUCGAGUUUCGUGAAAAUCUUCCGGAAGAUGGCCUUGCCUUGACUAUCAAACAAGCUGUUCCUAAGGAGGUACAAGCUGUUCAGCGGAAGACUGACUUCUCUAGACAGUUCGAGAAAAAUACAUUCGCCGAAAUCAUUGAGUACAAUGAGGAAGGAAAAUUCAGAAUUUUCUGCUCAAUCUAUGCGAUCGAUACAGAGUUUGCUUGGUAUUAUUUUGUCUGUCUUAAGUGUAAUACAACAGUGUACAAGGUAUCUAAAGUUGAGAAUGAGGUUGUUAAAAAAGACAGAAAAACAUUGUUUCGGUGCUCUACCUGUAAUGAAAAUAUUACUAAAGUUGAACCAAGGUUUAGGUUGAUUGUUUGUGUAAUGGAUUCAACUGCUCAGAUCAAGUGUGUGCUGUUUGAGAAAGAAGCUAAAAUGCUAAUCCAUAAAUCUUCUCUUCAGUUACUAGAGGGUCAUUUGGAUGAGAUACAAGAUCCAACAAACAUCCCUCAAGGAUUGAAGGGUUUGGUAGGCAAGAGUUACCAAUUUGUAGUGACUAUUGCGAAAAAUAACAUCAGAGAAGAAAGUGAUGUUUACAAGGUUGCUCAUGCAUAUGUUGGUCUGGGACCCGAGGAAGCUGACUCCAUCGAGCCAUCUCAAGGUGCCGAUGAUUUAUCAACCAUUGUGAGUUUGGAUCAGGAAACGCUAAUGCUAACCAACAGUGCUGAACAAAUUGAUGCAUUAUCAACACCUACCACUACUCCAUCUUCCAAAAGGAAAGAUGAUGUCUCUGGUGAUAAUUCUGAUCAUUCCUCUUCUACGAAGAAGAGGUGUAUUGGGUCUAUCAAAGGUGCUCUUGAAGAUGCAGAUAUAGCCUGUGGCUAA